AUGAGUGAGGUAGCCCCUGCUGCUGCUGCUGCUGCUGCAGCUGCAGCAGCAGCAGCAGCACCUGCAGCAGCAGAUGUUGCGCCUCCCCUAACAGGAGAGAUGUUUGCGGGUGUUCCUGCAGCAGACGCAACAGCAGCAGGAGGCACCGCGCCUGCAGCAGCAUCUGCAGCAGCAGCAACAGCAGCAGCAGCAGCAGCAGCAACAGCAGCAGCACCAGCAGCAGCAGCAGCAAAGAUCUCCGUUGUCACACCGGAGACAGUUGAGCGGCUGCUGAAGCGCCUACACCCUAACGCCUCUGCAACCCCCGAGUGUCUGGAGGCCGUGGCAGAAAUGGCUGAGGCCUACGUGGAGCAGCUGGGCCGACUUUUGGCUGUAAUUGGCAGGCGCUGGGGUGUAUGUACAGUGACCCUCAGAGACGCCAAGGCCUUCCUCGAGCGCACUUCGGGCUCCCCCGGCUGGCAGUCAAUGGCGGGAGGAGGCCCUGCAGCAGCAGCAGCAGCAAGCAAGGGCGUGCUUGCUGCAGCGCGGCAGCAGCAGCAGUUGCUGCACGCGCAAAUGCGCGCAGCAGCAGCAGCAGCAGCAGCAGGCGAGUCGCCGCCCCACAGUGGCAGCAGCAGCAGCAUCACCGACAGCCCGCAGACGGACAUUACUGUGAAGACAGCGCCAGAGACGUCUGUUGCUGCUGCUUCACCCAAGCGCAGCAGCAGCAGCAGCAGCAGCAGCAGCUCAGCGCCUCAGGCGCCGCCAAAGCCGCGGGUGCGUUUCUCGCAGGACACGUCUGCUGCUGCUGCUGCUGCAGACAUCGCAGCAACAGCAGCAGCAGUAACUGCAGCAGCUACGCCCGCUGCAGCGGCUACACCUGCUGUAGCAGCUGCACCCGCUGCAGCAGCAGCACCAGCAGCAGCAGUACCAACUGCAGCAGCAGCACCAACUGCAGCAGCAGCACCAACUGCAGCAGCAGCACCAACUGCAGCAGCAACUCCAACUGCACCAGAAGCACCAACUGCAGCAGCAGCACCAACUGCAGCAGCAGCACCAACUGCAGCAGCAGCACCACGGGCAGCAGCAGGGACAAAUGCCUCGACUGCGCUGCAGCAACAGACUUUUUACCAGACUCCUCAGGAGGCGGAGUUUGCUGCAGCAGCAGCAGCAGCAGCAGGAAUGCCUGCCCCGCAGUCCCUACCGGCUGUGACUCCUCCUAAAGGGCCCCCACCCCCUACACAGGGGGCCCCCCACGGAGUCUCUCAAGGGUCCCCCCAGGGGGCCCUUCAGGGGGCCCCCCAGGGGCCCCCGGGGUCCCCAAGUACCCCUUGGGGGCCCCCCCCUGCGGCUAUGUCGGCGAGCCCCUGGGGGCCCCCCGAGGCCUCAGGGGCCCUUAAAGCCCCAGCUGCCCAAGGGGCCUCCAAGGCCCCCGGGGCCCCUGGGGUCUUGGGGCCCCCUGGGGUCUUGGGGGCGCCUGGGGCCCCUGGGGCCCCCGUACCCUUGGGGGCCCCCGGGACCCCCGUGCCCAUGGGGGCCCCCGGGGCCCCUGGGUCCUUGGGGGCCCCCGGGGCCCCUGGGGUCCCUGGGUUUUGGGGGGCCCCUGGGUUCUUGGGGCCCCCGGGGACCCCCGGGAUUUUGGGGCCCCCUGGGGCUGUGGGGGCCCCCAGUCCAUAUUGGGGGCCCCAGGGGCCCCUGGGGGCAGCAGCAGAGGGGGCCCCGAAUCUUUUAAAAGAAACACCUCACCCAUACCCCAGCUAG